GUCCCUUUCGCAGAACUACAGUUCCCAGAGUACUCUGGGACGAGGGAUUGAUUGUUAAAUAGCUCUGGGAAUUGUAGCUUUCUCAGGGGAAUAGGGGUUUUCUAAUGGUUCUCAGCACCUUUAUCAAACUACACUUCCCAGGAUUCUUUGUGGGAACCCAUGACUCUGUAAAAUGGUAUCAUAGUGCUUUUAAAUGGAUCGUGCAGGUGGGGGUCUGUUUUUUUCAGUGGAGGCUGGUCCUUGGAGUGCAGGAAGACCAGUACCAGAAAGGUUAUUGUUUUUUAACUCCUGUUUUGCUUUAAGCCUACUUCUUACUUCCAACCAGCCCCAUUUUACAAGCCUUUUCUUAACCCUUGCAGAACUUAGCAGGGAGGAGGAUUGUGGCAAAGCCAAAAUUUGUUGACUCGGCCCAUAAUGGACUCUGGCUGGACCUACUGUCUCCAUCCCUACCUGCUGCCCAGCCUGUUCCAGGGAGCACCAGUCCCCACUAAGUCUCUCUUCAGCCAUCUACAAUUAUGAUGCCGUCCAAGAUGUCGAGCUGUCCUUGCAGGUUGGUGAUACAGUUCACAUCCUGGAGAUGUAUGAAGAUUGGUACAGAGGAUACACUCUUCGGAAUAAAUCCAAAAAGGGUAUCUUUCCAUCAACAUACAUCCAUCUGAAAGAGGCAACGGUGCAAGAUGGCGGACAACAUGAGACAGUAAUUCCUAGUGAGCUGCCUUUGGUCCAGGAACUCACUUCCACUUUGAGGGAAUGGGCUGUGAUCUGGCACAGGCUGUAUGUGGAGAACAAGAAGACCCUCUUUCGCCAUGUGCAGCAGAUGACCUAUAGCCUAAUUGAAUGGCGGUCCCAGAUCCUCUCCGGCACCCUUCCCAAGGAUGAGCUGGCUGAACUCAAGAAGAAAGUCACAGCCAAAAUAGAUUAUGGCAACAGGAUCUUGGGGCUGGACUUGGUGGUACGAGAUGAUAAUGGCAACAUCCUGGAUCCAGAUGCUACCAGCACAAUUGCGCUCUUUAAGGCACACGAGACGGCAUCCAAACGAAUAGAUGAAAGGAUCCAAGAGGAAAAGUCUUUGCAGCAGAAUGUAGACCUGCGGGGACAGUCUAUUUUCAAUACAACCCACACAUACAGUCUUUAUGUCAAUUUCAAGAACUUCGUCUGCAACAUCGGUGAGGAUGCGGAGCUGCUUAUGAGCCUCUAUGACCCCGACCAAUCCAAGUUCAUUAGUGAAAACUACCUGGUUCGUUGGGGAAGUAAUGGAAUGCCAAAGGAAAUUGAAAAACUUAAUAACCUUCAAGCCGUCUUUACGGACCUCAGCAGUUCUGACCUGAUACGGCCUCGAAUCAGCUUGGUGUGUCAGAUUGUGAGAGUAGGCCACAUGGAGCUCAAAGAGGGCAAGAAACACACCUGUGGACUCCGGAGACCCUUUGGAGUGGCAGUGAUGGACGUUACUGACAUCAUCCAUGGAAAGGUGGAUGAUGAAGAGAAGCAACAUUUUAUUCCCUUUCAGCAGAUUGCCAUGGAAACGUACAUCAGACAGCGACAGUUAAUCAUGGCACCUUUAAUAACCUCUCAUGUGAUUGGAGAGAAUGAGCCCCUCACGUCUGUCUUCAACAAAGUCAUUGCUGGCAAGGAAGUGAAUCACAAAGGGCAAGGCCUCUGGGUUUCUCUGAAACUGCUACCUGGUGAUUUAGCUCAGGUUCAGAAGGACUUUUCUCAUCUCAUUGACAGAUCUACGGCUGUGGCCCGCAAAAUGGGAUUCCCAGAGAUUAUAUUGCCUGGUGAAGUUCGGAACGAUAUCUAUGUGACCCUGAUGCAUGGGGAAUUUGACAAAGGGAAGAAGAAGACCCCCAAGAAUGUUGAGGUCACUAUGUCUGUUCAUGAUGAAGAUGGCAAUCUCUUAGAGAAAGCUAUCCAUCCAGGUGCUGGUUAUGAAGGUAUCUCUGAAUACAAAUCAGUUGUCUACUACCAAGUCAAGCAGCCUUGCUGGUAUGAAACUGUCAAGGUGUCCAUAGAAAUAAAAGAGGUCAGCCGCUACCACUUAAGGUUUACAUUUCGUCACCGAUCAUCACAGGAAUCACGAGAUAAAUCGGAAAAGGCUUUUGGAAUGGCUUUUGUGAAGCUGAUGAAUGCAGAUGGUACCACUCUGCAGGAUGGCAGGCAUAACUUAAUAGUCUACAAGGGUGAAAACAAGAAAACGGAAGAUGCCAAGUUUUACUUAACUCUGCCUGGCACCAAAGUGGAGAUGGAGGACAGAGAUGCUCUACCAGCCAAACAUCAUGUAGUCAACUUUACCCCAACCAAAGACAGUACCAAGGAUAGUUUUCAGAUUGCAACUCUCAUCUGCUCUACAAAGCUGACACAGAAUGUUGACCUACUGGGGUUGCUGAAUUGGCGUUCAAACUCCCAAAACAUAGGACACAACUUGAAGAAGUUGAUGGAGGUGGAAGGAGGAGAAAUCGUCAAGUUCUUACAAGAUACACUUGAUGCACUUUUCAGCAUAAUGAUGGAGAUGUCUGACAAUGAAGCCUACGACUUCCUUGUUUUUGAUGCACUAGUAUUUAUUAUUUCACUGAUUGGAGACAUCAAAUUCCAGCAUUUUAACCCCGUACUCGAAACUUACAUUUACAAACACUUCAGUGCCACCUUGGCCUAUGUAAAACUUACCAAGGUUCUAAACUAUUACAUUGGAAACGCAGAUGACUCCAGCAAGACGGAAUUGCUCUUUGCCGCUCUAAAAGCCUUGAAGUACCUGUUCCGGUUCAUAGUUCAAUCGCGAGUCCUGUACCUAGGGUUUUACGGGAAAAGCGAAGAUGGAGAUGAGUUUAACAAUGCCAUCCGCAAGUUGUUCCUCUCUUUUAACAUCCUCAUGGACAGGCCUCUUGAGGAGGCUGUCAAGAUCAAGGGUGCUGCUUUGAAGUAUUUACCAAACAUCAUCAAUGAUGUAAAACUGGUAUUCGAUCCUGUUGAACUCAGUGUCCUCUUUAGCAAGUUUAUCCAAAGCAUCCCAGAUAACCAGCUCGUCCGACAGAAGCUCAACUGCAUGACGAAGGUUGUGGACAGUGACCUUUUCCGUCAAUCUGAAUGCCGAGAUGUUCUCCUGCCUUUGCUCGUGGACCAGUUAAGUGGUCAGCUGGAUGAUAAUUCAAACAAACCUGAUCAUGAAGCUUGUUCACAGCUCCUUAGCAAUAUUCUGGAGGUUUUGGAUCGGAAGGAGGUGGGACCCACGGCAGCUCACAUCCAGCUGAUUAUGGAGCGCCUGCUGAGGAGAAUAAACCGGACAGUGAUUGGAAUGAGCAGACAGUCUCCUCACAUUGGUAGCUUUGUUGCCUGCAUGACGGCCAUCCUGAGACAAAUGGAUGACUCACAUUAUACCCACUACAUCAGCACGUUCAAAACCAGACAAGAUCUUAUUGAUUUCUUGAUGGAAACCUUCAUCAUGUUUAAGGAUCUGAUUGGCAAGAAUGUCUAUGCAAAUGACUGGAUGGUCAUGACCAUGACACAGAGCAGGAUUUUCCUCCGAGCCAUAAACCAAUACACCUCUGUGCUCAACCGCUUCUUUCUUGAUCAGGCAAGCUUUGAACUACAGCUGUGGAAUAACUACUUUCACUUGGCAGUGGCCUUUCUUACCCACGAAUCUCUCCAGUUGGAGAGCUUCUCCCAGGCUAAACGGAACAAGAUAGCCAAGAAAUACGGAGACAUGAGGAAGGAAAUUGGCUUCAAAAUAAGGGACAUGUGGUACAAUCUAGGGCCUCACAAGAUCAAGUUCAUCCCCUCUAUGGUAGGCCCGAUCCUGGAGGUAACCUUGACGCCUGAGCCUGAAUUGCGAAAGGCAACCAUCCCUAUAUUUUUUGACAUGAUGCAAUGUGAAUUUAACUUCAGCGGGAGCAGAAACUUCCAUAUGUUUGAAAAUGAGCUGAUAACAAAACUGGAUCAGGAAGUUGAAGGCGGCCGUGGGGAUGAACAAUACAAGAUUUUGCUGGAGAAACUCCUAUUGGAGCACUGUCGGAAGCACAAAUACCUCUCGAGCUCAGGCGAAGUGUUUGCUCUCUUGGUUAGCAGCCUGCUAGAAAACCUUUUGGAUUAUCGGGCCAUCAUGCAUGAUGGGAGUAAAGAAAACCGCAUGAGCUGCACUGUCAAUGUGCUGAAUUUUUAUAAAGAAAAGAAGAGAGAGGAUAUCUACAUCAGAUACUUGUAUAAACUCCGGGACCUACACACAGGCUCUGAAAACUACACCGAGGCAGCAUACACACUUCUCCUUCAUGCAGAGUUGCUCCAGUGGUCUGAUAAGCCAUGUGCUCCACAUCUGCUUCAGAGGGACAGUUACUAUGUCUAUUCACAGCAGGAAUUGAAAGAGAAACUCUAUCAAGAAAUCAUUGUUUUCUUUGACAAAGGCAAGAUGUGGGAGAAAGCAAUCCAGCUAAGCAAGGAACUUGCUGACAUGUAUGAGAACAAAGUUUUCGAUUAUGAGGGCCUUGGCAAUCUCUUGAAAAAACGAGCCACAUUCUAUGAGAACAUCAUGAAGGCAAUGAGACCCCAACCAGAGUAUUUUGCUGUUGGGUAUUUUGGCCAUGGAUUCCCCUCUUUUCUGCGGAACAAGAUCUUCAUCUACCGUGGCAAGGAAUAUGAAAGGAGGGAAGACUUCAACCUGAAAUUACUGACUCAGUUUCCAAAUGCUGAGAAGCUGAGCAGUACUGCUCCACCCACAGAAGAGAUCAAAACGUCUGUUAAGCAGUAUGUCCAGUGCUUCAUAGUGAAACCUGUAAUGAACCUCCCACCAAACUACAAGGACAAGCCUGUUCCAGAGCAGAUUCUAAACUUCUAUAGAUCCAAUGAAGUGCAACAAUUCAGAUACUCCCGGCCAUUCAGAAAAGGAGAAAAAGAUCCUGAGAAUGAAUUUGCAACAAUGUGGAUCGAGAGGACCACCUACACAACUGCCUAUUCUUUCCCAGGAAUCCUCAAGUGGUUUGAAGUCAAACAGGUUGCAGUGGAGGAAAUAAGUCCCUUGGAGAAUGCCAUUGAAACGAUGGAGCUGACAAAUGAGAAAAUCAGCAACUGUGUUCAGCAGCAUGCCUGGGACCGCACCCUGCCUGUUCACCCCCUCUCUAUGCUCUUGAAUGGCAUUGUCGAUCCGGCCGUCAUGGGUGGAUACACCAAUUAUGAGAAGGCCUUUUUCACAGAGAAAUAUAUUCAAGAACACCCUGAAGAUCAAGAUAAGAUUGAACUGCUCAAGCAACUGAUUGCUUUACAGAUGCCUUUGCUGGCUGAAGGGAUUCGGAUUCAUGGGAAGAAGCUGACAGAACAGCUGAAGCCUCUUCAUGACAGACUGACCUCCUGCUUCAAGGAGCUGAGGGAGAAAGUGGAGAAGCUCUAUGGUGUGAUAACUCUGCCUUCUUCGCUGACAGAGAGAAAGCAGAGCAGGUCUGGGUCAGUGGUUUUACCCUACAUCAUGUCCUCCACUUUGAGGAGGCUCUCGGUUACCUCUGUGACUUCCUCUGUGGGAUCAACAUCCUCUACCUCAUCAGACAGUACUUCCUCCAGACCAGGAUCAGACGGAUCUAUUCUUGAACCACUGGUGGAAAGGAGGAAUUUGACAUCCUCCAGGAUGGAGGAGCUCCUGGCCAAGGAUGAUGGUGAGAACCGCGCUAAUAAAUUCAGGCGGAAGGACUGGAGCCUCAGCAAAUCUCAGGUCAUUGCAGAGAAGGAGCCAGAGGCUGAGCUGACUUCCAACAUGAAUGCAUCAGGAAAAGCACCAAGGCCAAAGAGUCUCCAGCUGGGGGAGAGCAGACUGUCGCUACUUCAGGGCUCAUCACUGCAGCAGGCCACACCUCUCAGCCCACUGCCAACUACUCCCAAAACGCCAAGAACCCAAAGCUUUCCUUCUUUGCAGGCAGAUGGAUUAGCAACUCUUAACUUGCAGAGCACUCCACCCCCACCUCCACCCAAAUGCAAUAGCAGCUCAAGGAACUCUGCAGAGGUCGCUCCACCUUUGCCCAACAGGCGGGAAGUCAGGCCUCCCCCUCCUCCUCCAAAAGCAAGGAAAUCCAGUGUCAUUUCUUCAGAUCCAGGACUGCAAUGAAAACUCCAGACCAGACCCCCACCCUUGAAUGAAAUCUCUGCUGUCUUGUUUCAUGUAUAUGUUUUUCUUCUCUUUCCUGGGCUUCCCGGUGAUUUCCUCCUGCUGGACAAACAGCUGCACCCUCUUCAGCCCUACAAAAACAAGCUGUUUAAACUGUGCCAGUGAUUUGGUGUUUGAUUCCCAAGCUUCUGAUUUUCCCAAUUGCACAUCAAGGCACCAAGCAUUAACAUGUUGGCCUUCAACCUGCAUCUGAGCUUUGACAGGUUCAGCUGGCCAAUAAUUUGUCUGUUCCAACCCUCUUCUUCUGAUGCCAGUAAGGCAGCAGCUGUCCUGAAGCUGUUUUCCUUUGUGGAGUUCUGCACUUUAUUGGUGAUUGUUGGUCUUUAAACAGAUUAUAAGAAGAUCCCUGCAGUAUCAGGCCAAAGUAUCCUGUUCUCACAGUGGCCAACCAGUUGCCUGUGGGAAACCCACAGCCAGGACCUGAGUGCAACAGCAUCUUCUCCCCACCCCCUGAGCUUUUCUUCAACCCUUUUUAUGAAUCCUGCUGCCUCCAGCAGUGGAUAGAACAUAGCCACUUAUAGCCUUCUCUUCCAUGACUUUGUCUAAUCCUCGUUAAAGCAAGACGGAAGCACUGUAGUAUGGAAGGUGUCCUUUGAUGUCCAUCAAGGCUGCAAUGGAUUCUCAUUACCGUAGUUUAUCUGCACCCAGGCAAAGACGAUGUUGGAACAGACAGGUGUAUCCACAGAGCAAGCUGCAGUCUUCCACACAAGCUCCCCAACAAGUUCAAGCGACCUUGCCUGGAUGCUUUACUUUGUCAGGUACAUGGAUAUUAUUCAGAAGAUUCUUGUCGAUGAAGAGAGGGCACCAUCCCCAUGACCCAUUUUGUUCCACUAUGUACAGUUCUGGUAUAGAGCAGAAGUUCUCAGUAUUUCUUUCUCUCAGGACUUUGCCAGUGCUGUCAUUUUUACUGUCAGUUCCUUAUUUUGUCUUAAAUUAUCCAGUCUUUGCACACAAACAGGGUUAAGUACACUACUUCAACUUCUUUUCUUACUUUUGCCGAAAUGGUUGGUGUACAUUUUUUGGUUCCUCUGUCAAAUAGCUUGUUGCCUUUAAGACUGGCUUAAAGAUGUAAUUAUCCUUGAGAGUUCAGAGGACAGAUUGUGGACAAUGGUGCUUCCUGGUCUCCCAAAGCAAGAUUUGUAAAUGAAGACCUGUUAGCAACUGAACUCUACGCUAAGCUGCAAAUGUAUGUAUAGCCACGUGUCUAGGCCUGUAAUGUAUUUACAUUCAUCGGGUUUUUUGUUUUGACUUUGUAAAAUAAUGCUUCCAUGUUUCCUUGUUGUGUACCAAAGGCUCAUUGCCUAACCCGAGAGAGAGAGGGAGAGAGACUCAUAUAUAUUCCAGAACUAAUCCACAUUGUUGGAUUAGUCAUAUUCAGACUUUCAGUUCCCCCAGACAACUAAAAUUACAAGAGGGUGAGUUGAGUAGGUGCUGGCUAACACCAAGCAAGAUCCUAAAUCACACAGGAAGUCUCCACAAAUAUAGCAGGCUCUCCACUGCAGGCUCUUCCAAUACAUGGGGGGUGGUUGAUUGAUUGAUUGAUUGAAUUUAUUUGCAUGCUCCAUUUCCACAGUGAGCUGUGCCCAAAGUGGCUUGCAAUAAACAUUCAGGAACAAAGCAGUGGGGUGAAGGAGAGAAGUCUACAUCCAUAAAUUCAAAUAGGGCAAAAACCAUAAAUUUAGCAAACACAGACUAAAUUCAAUAUUACAAAAGAAAUAAUGUUGAUGUAAACAAGUAAGUACAGAGCAAAAAGAAAAUUAACAAGAAGCUCCUACCUGCUUAUGCAGGUCUUCUUUCAUUCCAAGGAGCCUCAGCAAAAACAGUUUGGAGGGAAGAGGUCCUCUCACCUGGCUAGAUGGCUUACAGCUUGUUGCUCCUUGUCUUCUCCAGGGGAGAGAACCAAAGGGAAGUGCUGAAGACAGCAGUGAGGGUAAGUCCUCUUCCCACUGCUGGCACAGGUCUCCUUGCACUAUUUGGAGUGAGUGUAGGGCAGAUUGGAGGGGGAAGGGUCAGCCAUCACACCCCUUCUCUUCUCCCUUGUGCAAUUCUAAUUGUGUGAAGGAAUUGAAAGUCCAAAUAAAGUUUUAAUGUUCGUCCACUUUAGCUUUACCCUGUAGUUACAGGGUAAACAAAGGUGUAAGCGAUCGUUUUCCAUUUUAUGUGCAUUUGGGCAGCCUUAAUCCAAUCUCCUUAUCAUUUGGUUGCAUUGAUCUCUCUGUAGUUCCCACUUCCAGGAAUGUAACAUUAGGCUUUCUCAGAUAGUCAAGCCCAAGAUUGCACUUUGCCCUUCAAAGCAGAGAUUGUAUAAAAUAAUUAAGGGAAGAGUAAGAAUUCAAAAUGUCUGUGAUAGAAGACCACAGAUGCGUGCCCUUGAUUGAUCAGGGGGCACAUCCAUGUAAUUAACAAAUUGGAACUGUCAGAUGUCACUCCAGACACUAAAAGCAUGAUGAUUGGGUUUUGGAUCCAAACAGGGUAAUUGGGAAAGAGUGGUGUGUGCUUGUGUGCUUACAGCACCAGUUUUCAUUCUUAAGUUUUGUAUUUGUUUGUUCAAGAAACCACCAGCAGUAACUUAAGAUGCUCUGCUUCUAAAGACUAACUUGGCGUCCUGUGUUCAGCAUCUCUCCCCACAAACACAAAAAGCCACUUUGCAUCUGCUUCAGCCUCAGUGACUCAAGUCACAUGUAUCCACCCUGGGCAAAGUGGCUACACAGCUGAGGUGGGGACUUUAGGGUUAUACGUAAUGAUUUCUCCAUUUUAAAAGAUGUAGCCUUCAUUCUGCCCUUGGCUUUCCCACCUUUCCUCCAAGGAGCUUCCCUCUUUUAAGAGCCACAGCAACUAGGCAAAGGAACCAUUGCUCAGUGGCAGAGCACACACCUUGCAAGCAUGAGGUCCCAGGUUUUCUCCACAGUAUCUCUUCAGCUUUUUGAAAAUACAUUUGGAAGGUGACUGGAAGAAUUGCUGCUGCUGGAGACUGGGAGAGCUGUUAAUCAGGAUAGAUGAUACCAAAGGCCAGAUGGACCAAUUUAUCCAACCGAGCUUGAGGUUUGACCAGGUAUAAUGCCUCAUGUAAGUCUGAUUCUCUAUCCAGUCACCAGAUUAAGAUUCAUGCCUGAUAUGCAAAUUGGGCACCUGCAUCCAUUUGCAUAACUGGAUCUUUUCUUUUUACUGUGCCUAAAGUAUAAGCAGACUGCUUCUCACAUCAGGUGCAAAUGCAGCUGGUGUAUUCUGCAAAGCUGUUACCCUUCCAAGGCCAUAAGGUGGCAAUCUUUUUGCAUCUUCUUCUUCUCACUGACUGAGCUUGCCACAUCUAAUCUUUUCCCAGCGAAUUUCUUCAACUUCUGCCUGACUUUAGCUAAAGGCUGCCUUCCUUUUACUGCCAGGUGCCUCCAGGAAACAGAUUGCAUAUGCUGGCUGGGGGAUGGGAGGAUUCAUAGCAGAUUCUCAUCACAAAGCAAGCCUUGGAUGUUUUCAAAGGCAUACUGCAUAAGGCUCCAGCUGUGCUGGUUACAUGGAAGUGUCUUUAAGAGCCCCCCUUCCCAGCCCCUUGGGGAAAGCUUGGUGCAUCUUCCUGGGGACAUCCUGGCCAUGUUUCACUCCCCUUUUUGGGUGCAUGACAGAUGACGCCAGCUCUGUGUUAAUGUGCCUAGAUAUAUAUUGUUCUUAAAUUGGAAACCUGGAUCCUAUUGACUGCUGUCUUCCAGUCAUCCCUGGACAAGGUAGAAAAAGCUCAGAGUCCUGAGCCACCUUCACCAACUGAAAUUUACUGCUAACUUUGAAAAGCAAUUUUUUGUCUGCAAGUUUCCAUUCCAUUAAAUGUGCCAUAUUGCCUUGCAUGGUUUAAGGUUUGUCCUCUGUGACAACUUUUAGUCUGCAUCUUUUUCAGUCCCAGGAUUCUAUUCUUAAUCCCAAACUGUAACUUUUCACACACAACACUGCAUUAUACUGAAUCAGUCAAUUGGUCUUUGUAGCGCAGUAUUUGCCUACAACAACAGUGGCUCUCCAGGGAUCAAAACAGGGUCGUCGUCCCCCUCACCACCUUAACUGGAUAUUCUGGGAAUUGAACUUGGGGUCUUCAGCACACAAACCAUGUCCUUAUCAAACUGUAGCCCAGACUGAACGAUGCAGACCUCUUCUCUGCAGUUUCGUGAACUUACUUUGAAUCUUUUAUCGGUUGUGCCCGUUUUCCUUCUCUCCUCUUUUAGGAACCACGUAGCUCCUUUGUUUUGAAGACCAUUAAAAACAAAGAACCCAUUAAACCAUUACUCCAUUGAACCAAUUCACUCUAUCUCUGUCCCUCUAAAAAGAAACACAAACUAUAAAAAACAGUGGUGAUGCUACUGCAUCACCUGCAUCAGUUUCACUGCAGCACUGCCUUCUGACUAGCUCAUGUGCUCUAUGUGCAAUAUAGAGCAUGAUGAAAAGAAUAAAGGAGGGCUUGUGCUCUGAAGAUGAUGGAUCGAGUUUGGGUCUGAAUUGAAGACCACCUGGGAACCUAAUGUACUUCAGGCCCAUCAUGGAAUAAAUGCAGGGUAUCAAUAAAUAGGCAGUGCUCUCCAGGGAUGCACUUUGAGUUUGGGGCACGCCAGAGUUGGCUCUGUUUUAUUAUCUUCUGUGAUUUACGUUUUGCUGUGUUAACGCAGUGGAGGGAAUCUUUGGGAAAGCAGCAGGUGGCACAUCUUGCAUUCCACACUGCAGAAUGUUCAUGUUAUUGCUAAAGGUGGUUUUUCUCUCUCUGCACAAUUAUAUGUACACCAGCAAAUUGUUAUGCCGUUUAAGCAGUUUAGGCCAAUUUGAGUUGAGAGGACUUCCUUUGAGAGAUGUUUUGUAGUGCAAAGGGUACACCCAAAGAUUUGUUAAUGGCUGCUAAAUGCAGCAAAUUGUUAUGCCAUUUAAGCAGUUUAGGGAUACGGGUGGCGCUGUGGGUUAAAGCACAGAGCCUAGGGCUUGCUGAUCAGAAGGUCGGUGGUUUGAAUCCCCGCGGCGGGGUGAGCUUCCGUUGCUCGGUCCCAGCUCCUGCCAACCUAGCAGUUUGAAAGCACAUCAAAGUGCAAGUAGAGAAAUAGGUACCGCUACAGCGGGAAGGUAAACAGCGUUUCCGUGUGCUGCUCUGGUUCACCAGAAGCAGCUUAGUCAUGCUGGCCACAUGACCCGGAAGCUGUACGCCGGCUCCCUCGGCCAAUAACGCGAGAUGAGCCCCGCAACUCCAGAGUCGGUCAUGACUGGACCUAAUGGUCAGUGGUCCCUUUACCUUUACCUUAAGCAGUUUAGGCCAAUUUGAGUUGAGAGGACUUCCUUUGAGAGAUGUUUUAUAGUGCAAAGGGUACACCCAAAGAUUUGUUAAAGGCUGCUAAAUAAGAGUCACAUGGACUGCAAGAAACCUAUCCAUUCUUAAGGAAAUCAGCCCUGAGUGCUCACUGGAAGGACAGAUCGUGAAGCUGAGGGUCCAAUACUUUGGCCACCUCAUGAGAAGAGAAUACUCCCUGGAAAAGACCCUGAUGUUGGGAAAGAUGAAGGGCACAAGGAGAAGGGGACAACAGAGGACGAGAUGGUUGGACAGUGUUCUCGAAGCUACGAACAUGAGUUUGACCAAGCUGCGGGAGGCAGUGCGAAGACAGGAGUGCCUGGCAUGCUCUGGUCCAUGGGGUCACAAAGAGUCGGACAUGACUAAACAACAACAAAUGCUGUUCCCAUUUUUGUUUGCCCACCCACCCCACCUCAUCACACCUGUUGAAGUAUUGUUAAGUUAAAACUUUAUUUUCAGUACAGGAAUUAUUGCACCAGACUGACCUGCCUUAUUUAUUUUUAUAACUGUAAAUGAAAAUAUUAAAAGAGAAAAACCAUGAUUAUCUAUA